AUGCGAAAAGGAGUUGUUUCUAUUAACUAUGGAGAUGCAGCAGUUACAGCUGAAGGUAAUAUUGAAAACCAAAAUGAAAACGAGCUAUUUGUGGAUCACAGAAGAGGAGAGGUUAAUGAUUUGUACGAGAAACUUCAGGAUAUUACAUUAAUUAAGGAUAGAGAAAAAAGAAUUGAACUUUUUCAGAAAGCCAUUGCACUUAUGACUUUGGGAGUGGACGUCUCUUCCUUAUAUAGUCUGAUGAUUCUUGCCAGUGCUACGCAUGACCAAGUUGAGAAGAAAAUCAUAUACUUAUAUCUAACUCACUAUGCUGAGAGAAACUCAGAGCUUGCUCUUUUGAUGGUGAAUACUUUAAGGAAAGAUAGUGAGGAUGAAGACCCAGUAAUAAGGAGUCUUGCCCUGAGAAGUUUUUCUUCUCUAAAAAUCCCAAUAGCCAUUGAAUAUAUUGAGCCAAUUCUAAGGAAUGGUCUCAAUGAUUCAGUUGGAUAUGUCAGAAAGACUGCAGUAAUGGGAUGUCUCAAGUUUUUUCAAUAUUCUAAAAACAAUUUUUUGAAUACUAAUUUAUUGGAAACCCUAACUUAUAUGUUGGACACAGAGUUAGAUCCCAGUACAAUAAUUAAUUUGGUUUAUGUCUUAAAUGAAAUCAAUAAAGAAACAGGAGGAGCAACUUUUACAAAACAAUUUAUCUUAAAGAUUCUUACCAAUAUUAAGUCUUUCAAUGAAUGGAGUCAGUAUCAUAUUUUACAACUAAUCUUUCAAAAUCUUUCAAGUAUAGUUCAACAAGAUCAGCCAUAUCCUCUAGAAUCUACUAUUGAAGAACAGGUACCCUCUUCUGAUGUUUUUCAGAUCUUAAAUUCUUUAGAGGAAGUAAUCAGACAUUCAAGUGUAAAUGUAUUACUAAUAAGCAUUCAAAUAUUUAUUUCUUUGACAAAAGCUUAUCCAAAGUUAUUCUCCCAAGUAGUACAGAGAAUUAAGUCUCCACUAUUUACUCAUGCAUCUACCUCUAUACCAGAAAUCUCUGUGAUAGUUUACUCUCAUAUGAGACUUUUGUUUUCAUUCUUUUCAAAUUAUUCUAAAGAUGGAAUAUUUAUUGAAGAACCAAACAGAACCUUUUAUUCAUCAUCUUCAAUACUGUCUUACUAUUAUAAUGAAUACAAACUACUUAUGUCAAGAAAUGGAGAUCCAUACUAUAUUCAAGAUAUUAAGCUGGAUCUGAUUCCUUUUUUAAGUUCUGAAGAAAACACCAAAUAUAUCUUAGAAGAGCUCUACCACUAUUCUUAUGAGCUUGGAAAUCCUUCUCUAAUACAUAAAUCUAUCUAUUUAAUGUCAGUUUUAAUAAUUAAGUAUAUUCAAAUUAGGCUAGAUAGUACUCCAGAAGAUUUGAAACCUAGUGAGACACUUAAGGAUGACCAUAUAAUUAAAGCUUAUAUUAAUUUUUCAAAAGAUCUUAUGGAAUCAGAGAAAGAACAGAUACUUAGUCCAAUUUUGAUGGGUCUGGAGUUGGUUUCAGAGUCUUUUCCCUGGGCUAUAGAAGAAUUAAUUGGAAGAUACUUCCAGAUAAGCCUUAUUGAGAAACUUAGCUUUAAAACUGGAGGAAUUUGUUCAUUUUUGUGGAUUAUGGCAAAAUUCCCAGAUUAUGUAUAUUGUGACAAGGCAGAGAUUCUUGAUUAUAUUAUAACAAACCUGAUUGAUGUAUUUGAAAAGAAUUCAGACAACAUAGAAAGCCUAAUAAAUAGGCCAUCCAACUUGUUUAGUAUUCUUAUUACAAGUUGUUGUAGACUUUUGUUUGAUUCUCCCGAAGAUGUGAGACCAAUAUUAGGUAGACUUUUGGAAUUUUCAAUAGAAAGAAUGGAUUAUCCAGAUGUCAAAGAUUUGGCUCUAUUUUACUACAGAUUACUCCAAUUUGAUUACAAAAUUGCGAGGACUGUCAUCCAAGAUGACUCUGGAGAAUACAUGCCUAAGGGAAAGUAUCCACCUUCAAUUUAUAUUCUUAAGGACUACUUUUUCAGAUGGAAGAAUGAUAACUUAUUUCAAGAGUUUAAUACAUGCUCCAUAGUAUCUGAACAUUAUAAACAAAUGGGAGUAAAGUUUGAUUUUUUUGGACAUUGUCUAUGCAAUGAGACAGAAGCUCAAUUUGGAGAUUCAAAAAGUAUUGAGAAUAUCAAGACAAUAACAGGAAAUUCUUCAAAAAUAUCAGGAAAAUCCACAAAUUUAAGACUUAAACAGUCAGUUUUCAUGGAACCUGAUGAGUUUGAAAGACUUUGGAAUAAAUUGAAAGAGAGCUUAGAGAUUCAAGAAGAAAUGGACUGUCAGACUUUCGAGAACUUUGAGUUUAUGUCUUCUUUUGAAGAUGAUCUAGGGAAAGAGGGAAUCAUUUGCAUUGCUUCCGGAGAAAUAGAUGAGAAAUCCUUCAAGCUCUUUACUUUUUGUGUGGUUGAGGACUUACAAAAUUCCCUAGAUCUUCCUUGUUUGUGCGAAAUUACCUUAGAAUACUCUAUUUCAAAGAGAGUGCACCAUGUUUCGGCUCAGAUUAAGGUAGAUACUCAAGAUUUAACAGACUUAAAUACCUCAUCAUACUGUAACUACACAUGGUCUUGGAUUAGAAGAAUUUUUGAUUCAAAUCUAAUAGUUAUAAGAUCCUAA